CUCUCCUUUCUGACGAGGGAACAUGUUGCCUAGGAGCAGCAGCAGCAGCAGCAGUGUGCUACACGUGGAGACAACCUCCUCUCUCUGUGUCUGACUGUAAUAAACCAGGGACAGGAGGAAGAAAGAAGGACCUGUUUCUUUUUUCUGUGUCUGACCAGACUCAUUGAGGAAGAGGAGGAGGAGAAGAAAGAUAGGAAAAGGAUCAGUACGCAGAGGGAUUCAGGAUUUGAUUGUGACUGUGAGUCUGACCAAACUCACAGAGGUGGACUAGCGAGAGGAAGAAGAGGAGGAGGAAGAGGAGGAGGAGAAGAGCCAGGAUUUGUUUGUUUAUCUGACAAAACUCCCCAAAGAGGAAGAAUAGGAGGAAGAGGAGAGGCUACUGUUUGUUGUCCAUUUGGGACAAGUAGGGUAGUGGGUUUGGACCGGGUCUUGGCACACCCCCCAAAGUCGCUACCAUGUGGCAGGAGGCCUUACGGACUCGGGGGCGCUACCUUCUGGAACGUGGGGGAGAGGGGGGAGAUGGGGGAGAAGCCCUGGGGGAUGUGUUUGUAGGUUUUGGGGAGACCCCGACACAGGGACAGGUGUGUGUUGGGGGACAGAAGACCCAGGACUGGCUGUAUGAGUCCUACUACCGUAUGAGCCAACAACACCCUCUCAUUGUGUUCCUACUGCUCAUAGUGAUGGGAGCAUGCCUCGCUCUACUGGCCGUGUUCUUUGCUUCCGGACUGAACAUGGAGGACCACCUAGCGUUCCUGAUCACCGUGCCCACCACCCUCUUCCUCUUCCUCUCCAUCUUCAUCCUGGUCUGCAUAGAGUCCGUCUUCAACCGCAUGCUCCGCCUCUUCUCCCUCCUUAUCUGGGCCUGCCUGGUUGCCAUGGGUUACCUCUUCAUGUUCUCCGGGGGGAUCCUCUGUCCUUGGGACCAGGUGUCCUUCUUCCUGUUCAUAGUGUUUGUGGUCUACACCAUGCUGCCGUUCUCCAUGAGGGGAGCAGUCCUAGCCAGCAUCAUCACAUGUUUAUCACACACAAUCACACUCAGUGUGUGUCUGGCGUUUACUGCAGAAGCCUUGGAACCACUGGUGUGGCAGAUCCUGGCUAACAUCAUUAUCUUUACGUGUGGUAACCUGGCUGGAGCGUACCAUAAGCACCUGAUGAACCUGGCCCUCAGACAGACCUACCAGGACACCUGCAACUGUAUCAAGUCCCCCAUCAAACUGGAGUUUGAGAAACACCAGCAGGAGAGGUUAUUGUUGUCCCUGCUCCCGGCCCAUAUCGCCCGUGUGAUGAAGGCAGAGAUCAUUCAGAGGUUACAGGGACCAAGGGACAGGGACUUCGGCCGGGCAGAGGGAACCAACAACUUUCACAACCUCUAUGUCCAACGACACACCAACGUUAGUAUUCUGUAUGCAGACAUCGUAGGGUUCACUAAGCUGGCUGGUGACUGCUCACCCGGAGAACUGGUGCACAUGCUCAAUGAAUUGUUUGGCAAGUUUGACCAGAUAGCCAAGGAGAAUGAGUGUAUGCGUAUAAAGAUUCUGGGUGAUUGUUACUACUGUGUAUCAGGCCUACCAGAGUCUCUCCCUCACCACGCACGCAACUGUGUCAAGAUGGGACUGGACAUGUGUGAGGCCAUCAAGAAGGUGCGUGAUGCUACUGGUGUGGAUAUCAAUAUGCGAGUCGGGGUGCAUUCUGGGAACGUGCUGUGUGGCGUCAUCGGCCUCCAGAAGUGGCAGUACGACGUCUGGUCACAUGAUGUCACUUUAGCCAAUCACAUGGAGGCAGGGGGCGUGCCAGGGCGUGUCCAUAUCUCCUCAGUAACAUUGGAGCAUCUGAAGGGGUCCUAUAAGGUGGAACCAGGGGAGGGACAGAGUAGAGACUUUUACCUGAAGGAACACGGAGUCAUCACUUACCUGGUCAUCAACCCCAAGGCUGAGAGGCGGAGCCCUCACCUGUGUGCGCGUUCUCGUUCCUCUUUGGAAGGAGGGAAGAUGAGGGCGUCGGUCAGAAUGACUCGGUACCUGGAGUCCUGGGGGGCGGCAAAACCUUUUGCUAACCUGCACCAUCGAGACAGCAUGACCACUGACAACGGCAAAAUAAACACUAUGGAUGUUCCAAUGGGCCAGUAUCACUACCAGAGAAGAGAAAGGACUAAAUCUCAGAAGAGACGGUUUGAAGAGGAACUGGAAGAGAGGAUGAUCAGAACCAUUGAUGGCAUCAACUCCCAGAAGCAGUGGCUGAAGUCUGAAGACAUCCAGAGGAUCUCACUCUUCUUUCACAACAAGACUCUGGAGAAGGAGUAUCGAGCCACCACUCUGCCGGCCUUUAAAUACUACGUCACCUGUGCCUGUCUCAUCUUCUGCUGCAUCUUCAUAGUGCAGAUACUGGUCCUGCCCAAAACAGCAGUGUUGGGGAUCUCCUUUGGCAUGUCUUUCCUCCUGUUAGGUCUGAUCCUGGUCAUAUGUUUCUCCAGCCACAUCUUGGGAGGUAAAGGAUCGUGGUGCUCUCUCCCCUGGCUCCCUACUUCCUCACGCAUCAUCAUCGCCAACAAACCCUGGCUCCGAUUGGUCCUCACCAUGACAACCACCGCUGUUAUACUUGUCAUGGCUGUUUUCAACAUGUUCUUCCUGGAAGAUGAGGUUCUGACCACACCCCCUACCAUGAACCUGACCAAUGAAAGCAUGCUCAGCUCCCACAGCCCCACCCACCUCACGGAUGGGAAUAAGUUCUACCUGCCUUAUUUUAUCUACUGUUGUAUCCUGGGUCUGGUGUCGUGUUCUGUGUUCCUGAGGAUCAACUAUGAGCUGAAGAUGGUUGUAAUGUUAGUUGCCAUGGUGAUCUACAACAUCAUCAUCCUCCAGACACAUGCGCCCCUGCUGGAUGGCUACAGUACUGCACUCUACAGCACUCAGACACUGGACAGGCCAGGCAUUCUAAAGGAUCUGAAGACGAUGGGUUCUGUUUCUCUCUUCAUCUUCUUCAUCACUCUACUGGUGUUAGCACGACAGAAUGAAUAUUACUGUAGGUUGGACUUCCUGUGGAGGGACAAGUUCAAGAGAGAGUGUGAGGAGAUCGAGACCAUGGAGAACCUCAACAGGGUUCUACUGGAGAACGUUCUACCUGCCCACGUCGCAGAACACUUCCUGGGACGCAACUGGAAGAAUGAGGAUCUGUACCACCAGUCGUAUGAGUCAGUAUGUGUGAUGUUCGCCUCCAUCCCAGACUUUAAGGAGUUCUACACAGAGUCAGACGUCAACAAGGAAGGCCUGGAAUGUCUCAGACUCCUCAACGAGAUCAUCGCUGACUUUGACGAGCUCCUGUCCAAGCCUAAAUUCAGCGGGGUGGAGAAGAUAAAGACUAUUGGCAGCACCUACAUGGCUGCUACUGGGCUCAACGCUACACCUGGACCUGAAUACACACAGGAGCAUGACCGUCAGUACAUGCACAUUGGCACCAUGAUGGAGUUUGCCUUCGCCUUGGUCGGGAAACUAGAUGUCAUCAACAAACACUCCUUCAAUGACUUCAGGCUACGAGUUGGGAUAAACCAUGGUCCGGUGAUUGCGGGGGUGAUCGGAGCGCAAAAGCCUCAGUAUGACAUCUGGGGGAACAGUGUUAAUGUGGCCAGCCGGAUGGAGAGUACUGGGGUACUGGGGAAAAUACAGGUAACCGAGGAGACGAGUCGUAUCCUGUUGACGCUGGGCUACAUGUGUUCAUGUCGCGGCAUCAUCAAUGUGAAGGAAGGAGAGCUCAAGACCUUCUUCGUACACACAGAGAUGACCAGAUCGCUGUCGCAAGGGACUGUGAUGCCUUGAACAUCAUACACUGAGCAAUUUACACACACAUGUCCGCAAGAGUGCCCACACACACACACUCUUAAACUAUACAAACACAUGCAUUCACAUACACACAAAUGGACUUGCACACACAUCAGGGCUUCAAACCGGUAAAUAACUACAUUUGUCAAGGAACAGAAACGGAACCGGGAACGAAAGUGAUCCAAACUGUUUUUUUUCCUAGUCCCCCCCCCCCCCCCCAAUAAUAAUUUUACAAGCGUGAUUCAGAAGAUAGGGAGAGAUAAUUUUUAUUAGCUAGAGAAGAAUUGAUUAACUUUAUCAAUACUAGUUAAGGAUACUAUAACAACCCUGGGUUUAUAAGCGUGGAUAUCGACUAUGCCGCUUCAGCAUUCUUUUGCGGCACAGUCGAUAGUGCGCUGGACUUCGGGCUAGAAGGUCGUUGGUUCGAGACCUGCUCCCUGCCUGUAUUAGUACAAUACUAUAGGCCUGGUUAUCACCUUUUCGUUGAAAUGAUUAAACCUUACAAAAAGGUAAGAUGUGUUUUUAAUUCUGGUGGCGCAUGUCAGUUAGCUAGCUAGCUCAAGCUUGUUAGCUAGUUAGCGCAAAGGACAUUCAAUAUUUCUCCAUAGAAGCCGCUCCGCCUAGGUAUAAUUAUGUGAACCUAAUUCAGAUAAUGCAUGUCAUAACAAGAUGUCCUGCGCUUCAAGCCUCCUCAACCCUAUCUUGCUCUCUUCCCACCCACAAAAUUUCAGUCGCAUCUUGCGCCAUAGGCUACACUUGUCUGUCCAUCACGCAUGGAAUCAACUAGCUUGCCUGCUCUAUCCACAAUGAUUGGUAAAGUAAUUAAUAGUAAAUAAAGUAGUUAAAAAAGGAACCGAAAGAAACGAUAUCAACCUGUACUUUCAGCUUUGAACCGGUUCAGAACUUUAUUUUGCUGGUCGGAACAGUGUAACGGAACGAAAAAAAACGGUUCUGUUCAGAAUGAAAUAAUUGGAAAAUAACUUUGGUUCCAACCCGACACACAUACGUGCAUGCACAAAUACAGCACAUACACACACACAUACAAGGACUUAUACAAUCACACACACACAAACACAUUCAAAACUGCCUGCUGUAAUAGAACGUAUCUGUCAAGACUCCUUGUUUACAACAGUAACUCCCAGACCACUUCAUCUGAACCAGACAGAAGGCAGACAACAGACAGACGGCUGUACAUACAGUAUUACCUGCAUCGUCCCUCCUUAGCUGGUUACAGUAGUGGCUGGACUUCAUAGGUUACAGUCGUCCUUAGAUGCUGAUCUUAGGUCAGUUUUGCAUCCCCGUCCCCCGUGUUUAGGAUAAGCUGAUCCUAGAUCUGUGCGCAACGGGAAUUUCUAGCUUUAGUGGAUUUCAAUGGCUGCCCGAAUGGUUGUGUGGUGCAGUGCAGAGACAGAUAUUGAGAGUAUGUGUCAGGAUUCUAGUCAGAGCCAUCUUGGCACCAAUAGUCCUUUCAUCAUUACAGUACUUUUAGUCAGAAUGGGAAAAAAAAACUGGUGUCAACAUGAACAGUAGUUUGCCAAACCUUCUAUAGCUAACCUAUCUCUAAGCUCUUGAGCAGAGCUUCUGUCAAGCAAAGAGCAAUGUAUGUGGACCUCAAGAGCAGCCGGGAAUCAAGAGCUACUGGACUUUUGUGAGAAAACCAAAAAACUACAUCAAGAACAGGAGAACGUUUCCAUGUUUUGACGGCAUCAUUUUCUUACUCAUUAAAACCAUUUGUAUAUAACUGAA